AAAGACACUCAUGUACAAUAAUCGCGUACAAAAAUACUUGGAAAAAAAAUGAAGAAAUUCAUCCAUGCUAGUUAGUGACAUUCAUAUUGUGAAUGGUGUUGUGAGGGGUGUGAAAAUGAUGUUUGGUGGGUGUAGGUAGCAAGCCCCAAAGUAGUACUAAAGGGGUAAAUAAGCUUGGUCCAGUCAUAAACCCGUGCAAGGUGCCACCCAUCGUCCCCGCCGCCGUAGCCAUGUUACCGUCACGGCAAGCCAAACAAUCACAUCUUCCCGAAACUACCCCCACCGUUGCGGAGAACUACCCAGUACCAUUAUCCCCUCAACUUCCAGCAAUCUCAAAAGAAAUCGAACUAAACAGAGCCAAAAUCGCUUCAACAAACUCACAACUCUUCUCUCUCUCAAAAAUCCACAUUAUAUACGAAGACGAAUGGCUCCUCGUAGUUAACAAACCCAACGGAAUCUACUGCGACAGCGUCCUUACCUCUCUUCAAUCACAGCAAACCCUACCAUCAGAGCUUCAUCUUGCUAAUCGACUCGAUCGCGACACAAGUGGCAUUAUGGUAAUUACAAAAUCACACAAAGUUGCUUCCAAGCUUGUCAAAGCCUUCACCGAUCACAAAGUUCAGAAAACGUACAUCGCUCGCUGCACCGGUUCUAUUCCUAAUUGGGAAACGAUAACCGUUAGAUCCGGUCACGGUAGGUCGAAAUUCGGCGCGUGGAGAGUUUACGCUUUUUCCGAUUCCGGUCGCGUGUUACCGGGUGGUUCGGUUGUUCGUUCCAUGGAAACUUCGUUUGAGGUGCUAUCCGUUAACGGUAAUGGAAAUUUUAGGGAUGUUUCUGAGUCGGAGUUUGAAGGGAGUAGUAGUUUGGUAGUUGAAGAAAAAUCGGUGAAAUUGGACGGUGGUGAUGAUGAGAAUGAGAAUCAUCACGAGAUAGUUGUGAGAGCGUAUCCUAGGAGUGGAAGAACGCAUCAAAUUCGUUUGCAUUGUCAAUAUUUAGGGAUUUCAAUAAUAGGUGAUGUGAAAUAUGAGGGUGUUUAUGAAUGGAAAGGUGAGAUUCAUCAUGGUCAUCAUCUUCAUGCGGAAACGUUGUCAUUUGAUCACCCUGUUACUGGUAUUCACCUUAUGCUGCGUGCACCCCUCCCACAAUGGGUGAACCAGGUGCUGCAACGUUAACACAUUCGAAGUCCGUUGCAACCUUCAUGUUAUCUUUCAUUUUCACUUUGAUUGUAAUUACAUAAUAGCUCUGGUAUUGAAAAUUAAUUUAUUUACUGUGAGUUAGUGGUGCUUUUAAUUUUGGGAAGCUGAUGCUUGUAUUUUUUAUCGGUGACCAUAUUAAUUAGGGAAGCUGAAUUCAUUUAUACACGGUGGAUUGAAAAACAAUCCGAAUUGAAGCGACUAAUAUCUUACUUUUUAAUCAUAACUGCUAGUUGUUCUUAUUGUCGGGAUAUAUCUGUUAAGAUCAAAUCCGUCGUUGAAAACAACCAGUUUUGUA